ACCUUUUGCUUCAAGCCAUCCAAAGAACUGCCACGCUGAACGGUGAAGAGGAAGGAAUCAACAACAACAGCAGCAGCUGUAGUAGCCAACGUGCUGCUGGUGUCCAACAACAGUUAAGUAGCGGUGCGGGAGGAAAGCACAAAAAUGGCCCCAGAGGCAACAGCACUAUCAACAACAACAACUAUACCACGCAGAACAAUAACAACGUAGCGGGGAAAGGCGAAAGCAGCUUGGCCAGUGAUGGCGACGAGACGACGAGUCGCUGCGAUCGGACCGCAUGUGAUACUUUCAGCAGUGAAAAAUUAGAUUUAGGUGACUGUCGGCUGUGCAAGCGACAAAAAACGAAGCAUAAUUUUAAACUGAAUCUUAAUGAUCUUCUCUCGUCGUCAUCGUCGUCAUCAUCGUCCGCGUUUGCGUCACCCGCCACGACAUUGCCAGCUGCCUCACGAGCUGCUAAAGGCAAUGGCGGUAAGAAAACGAUCAUCACCACCGUGGUAGACUGCGGUUCCACACCACCCGGUUGCCGGCGAACACUCUCAGAGAGCCUGGUUGGCCACCUGACGAUCCCUGGUGCUACCCUGGGCUCAGGAACGUAUUCCGUGAAUUACACCCAUGGUACUCAUCCACCAGAUGCACUGCGAGAUGGCAUUGACGGAUCCGCCGACUUGCUGCUAAGUCCUGGUGAUAGCCCGAUGCUGAGUAGCUCAACUGGAGCGAUGGUUGGCGGAGGUAGCGUGUUUUCGUUUGAGCAAAUGAAAAGCUACCGCCGUGCUUUUUCUGAGGAUGUAAUUGAUACCAUCAGCAAUGACAAUGGUGGUGGUGAUGGUGGCAGACACUCUUUGGCUGCCAGAGCCCACGGUGGCCUGGCUAGAAAUGGGCGUGGAAGUGAAGAGGAUACGACGGAUGAAAGUGGCGACAAUCAGGAUAGUGAUGAUCGAGAGGAUAAAGAUGGGCUUUCACACCUCCUCACCGGUAACGGCAACAACAGUAGCGGCAACGGCAGCGGCGGUGGAUCGAAACGUGGUGGAGAAGAGGACUGCUGCAGAUGCCACAACAAUCGCUCAACAUACCAAAGUCCGAUCAUCGCUUCAAGCGAAAUGAUGAAAUCGGCCAAUGGGCGCCCUAGCACUUCGACACCAGCAACGGAUAAUAGAGGAUGCAAGGAACCGCUUUACAUUAGCUGCUCCGAGACUGAUUGCUCGGUCAGUAAUGCAAGCAGCGUUGUUUCGCCGCAUAAGAAACGAAUUCUAAGCUGCAACGCGAUCUCCAGUGCCAAUUCUGCUUCGACUUCUUCUUCUUCUGCUUCUCCAUCUGUGAUUGCUAGCAGCAAUGGGUCACUCUUUCGACUCGCACCAGCAACAACACCGUCGCAGCAAAUGGAAGGUGCAGCGAGCUGUAAGCCAUCUCCAAAGAUUAAUCUCAACAACGUCUUCUCGCUCUCGCCGGUAGCGUGUGAUGAUUCCGGGUUUGCGAGCGGUGGCAGUCCGGCCACGUCCACCAGUUUCCCAGCCACCUCACCGAUCGCCAUAGAUGGCCGGUUCUGUGCGGUCAAGGGGCGAACUAGGUGCGGAUUGCUCGGUGGUAAUGCUACCUGCACCGCCGGCACCAACAGCACCCACUAUGGCGAUGGAGGUAUCUUUCGGUACGAUUUCGAUGAACCACAUCCCAGUAGUAGUAGCACCACGACCAGCGGCAGUCCGGUGUCGGGAACGAUGAAAUCGAAAUCCGCACCGGCCUUCCCAUUCUCACCACCCUGCCCUGGUGCGCUUUCGCCACGCUUUAUGAGAACAGCUAUGCGACAACAGCAGCAACAACAACGUUCACGUUACCCGUCAGAACGUUCCUCGAUCGGAUCGGAACGUUCGUCGAUCGGUUCGGAUGAGCAGCUAUCGGACGAUGAGCUUUCCGGCUCUCUGCAGCUAGAUGUUGCCAACAAUGGAUUUGGCCUUAGUCCGGCCAGCCACCAUCAGCACCAAUUUCUCGCCGUUUCUCCAACCAAGUUUGGUGGACGCGCGCCGCAACAGGUUAUACGCAGCAACUGCUUACCUUCCUCACAGGAGAUGCUCAGCAAGGUGCUGAACCGGAAUCUAUUUCGCUUUGGGCGCGCCCCGAUGCUCGGUACGCUCGAGGAAUCAUUGUUGCAGCGGCGCCUUUGCCCAAAAUACCAGGUGGCCGACUUCAAGGUACUGCUGGGCGCCUCUGGUAGCUUCUGUCCGACGCAGCUAACCAUUCCGGUUGCUUCCUACUUUUACGAGCUCCCCGGACAGCAUCUAACGACACCUUACGUGUGUGAACUUCGUCUUCCAAGGAAGGGCUACUCGAUCCCGCGCACGGGCACGGUCCAGGCAACUUUGCUCAACCCGCUCGGCACGGUGGUGCGGAUGUUCGUUGUGCCGUACGAUUUCCGCGACAUGCCCGCCAUGUCGACCACCUUCAUUCGGCAGCGGAUAUUGGCGUGCGACGAGAGCAGCCUUCAGCUGCUCGGUAAAAACAUCGAGCAGCUUAGCAAUGCCGAGCAGAUGAAGCUCCUGCGCUAUGCGAUACAUUUGCGAUUUCAAACCUCACGCUCGGGAAAGCUUUCACUGCACACGGACAUCCGGCUGCUGAUAUCGCGCCGCACCGACUGUGAUACGGCCGCUGCCCAUGCGAAAAAUCUACUCGAGGCCCCGAACGAACUGAAAGUGGUUACCAUUGUUCCGGAGAAUCCCAAAUUUAGUCUACGCAUCGAUAAACAGUAGAAGAGCGAAAAGUAGUAGGAGCGUGCUGAUAACACCGCCUCGAAAUGAUCGAAUCGAAGAGAGAAGUCGUUAAAAUGUCCAGCAUAGCAUCGGUUUCGUUUCUGACUAUUACUGCCCUUUCUUCUUCUGCUCCAGUUGGCGUUUGGUUUAAAGCAUCAUUUCCUUGUCAUUGUCCGCACGCUACCAUCAUUCAUAUACAUAUACAUAUAUCUAUUUUUUAUCACUUGAAUUCAAUGAUCAUACGAUUGAUCUAUGAAUGCGCAACGUCGUCGUCGUCGAUCGUCUAUUGGCCGUACCAGAAUUUGUACGAUUUAGUUGGUUUUUUUUUUUCUUUGUCAAAAUUUUAUUUAGAAGGAUUUAAAUUUUAUUAAGUUUCCCGUGUGGGUUUCGUGGCUUGAGCGCGAACGCGUAUAAUAGCAAUUGGUAGCCGGGUUAGUAUAGUGUAUUUAAAUUAUGCGAAUUUCAUGUGCCGAAAGCGAAUAAAUUCUGCAGAUCGUUAAUGCAGAGCCGAAUGCAAAGGCGAGGAUCUCUUGAUACUCGGUUACAUAGGAACGGAAACACGACAACCACGAGAAGCUUUAAAUAUGAGUUGAAAAAUGAUGAUCGUGGGCUAGAGUGAAGGGCACCGAAUAAUGUAGUCGUGUGCGCGGGGCAAUAAUGUGAUGAUUGGAUGUUUUGGAAUCACGAAGUUAGCACGAACCAGCUUCGAAACCAGGAUGAAAUGUAACAAGUCGCCGUGUUCGCAUGUGUUGUUACUCUCAUAGCCUGAUCGCAACCAUGGAAAAGGGUUGGAAAGCAAAACGGAAAAAAUCGAAAAAUCAGAAAGACCUAUUUCUGUCAAAAUACAAGCAAUUGUGAUUACGAUUACGAUACGUUGAUUUAGUUGUAUAUGCUUCAAACUGUGAUUGCCAGGGCAAAGGAAGCGCGUGAGAGAAGCACAGACAAGCUAACAAAGAAGGGCGUCAUCCGGCGCUAUAAAAUAUGAACCGAUAACGUUAGAUUCGGUCAAUCGACUCCCAUCAUACGGUUUAAAAACUGUUGUGAAAGCACAUUGUGAACGAUUCUCGGAAACAAAUGGAUGGCGCUCUUAUAAGUGAUAAGCGAAAUUGUGGUUAAAUAGAGGUAGUGCAUGCGAUGUUUGUAAUUUUGUAAUGUGAUGUGGCUUGUAGAAGCACAUUUGUAGCACGUCGAGUGAGGGGAGACUUUGUUUUUUUCUUGAUCUAUAUGAUUAUCAUAGUUGUCCCAUCGUUUUAACCCUAAGGACAUGCUAGCGUGUAUGCGUAACCGAAUCAAUCGGUCCCCCCACUAAUAGAGUUUACCCCGCUGCGGUCUUUGUUGUCUAUACUAUGUUUAACGAUCCAAACAAUGCAGUUCGUUACAGGAGUUAAUGCUGAAGCAAUCUUUAGUCUAUAGGCCAUGUUUGUCUUUCAAAAUCCUUAUUCAAUCAUUUUUGUUUUACACUGAGUUCACUGCAGUACAGGCGUUUCUAGAAACAAUCCUUUUCAUACAUGCGCGCGCACGCACACACCGGUACACAGUACUAGUUGCAAAAAUAUGAUACAUGUUAGAUUCAAACACACUGCCAUAUUUAAGCGACAAACGAACCAGGGUAUUGUGGCAUGACUUAAACAAUUCUAGACACCCAAAAACACUCGUACCGCCUGGCACGCCAUUAGGGACAAGCCAAGUGGGUUUUUUGUUUUGUUGAAUAGAGAUGAAUAUUAAAAAAUCUUCGGGGAAAACGCUUAACCAAAAAUAGUUCAAUAUCUCUCUCAUACCGAUGCGAUGAUCGUGAGGUGCUCAGCCGUGCAAGAUAUAAUUGAUCGGAAUGGCUGGUAAGAUUGGACCCAUUUUAUUUGUUUCUUGUGCUUUAACAUGCCUAAUUAAGAAAAUAACACACUUCUCUCUCCCUCCUUUUAUCUGUCGCAAUUAUCUCACUAACUACCCCAUCUGUCGAGCCCCUUCCCUGUGAGCAUCUUACCUAUCUCCUUACUUCCCUUAGCAAAGAAACGAUUUUAGAAGAAAAAAAAACUAUGUACAGGCGAGAGUAGAACAAGGGACCGAACGUGAGGACAACUGCAGCAAAAACAAUUGGUAGUUUAUGUAUGUGUGCGUGUGCGUAUGUAUGUAUACUUUGCUUGGUAAUGUAAGUGUACAAUUCUACGAGGGAAAGGCACAAGGCAUGGAUUAGGCAAAUUCAAUGUGUUCCCAUAGCCUUGCUCAAUGCUUUUCGGUGCGCCGCGUACUCGGUAGUAAGCAUAGUAGGAUUGAUUGACUAACACGAGAAGGAGGCAUGUUUAAAACAAACUUCUACGAACGAAUACAAACACAGGCACACACCGAUUAAGAGUAGUACAGGAAAAUCCGGAUCAUAUAUAUUCUCAAGAGCAGCAGGCAUACCACUAGUCACAUUUAGCAGAAUCGGUUGUAUUGAAGCGAGACCAAACGAAAAACAACUCGGGUUAAAUCGAUUCCAUUGAGGAACUGGUAGGAUUGAAGCACCCUCUAUGGACGCUAAAAUGGACACCUCCAACGUGUUGCUACAUUAACCUAUAGAUUUCCAAUUUUGAAUGGUUUGAAACAGAAGAAAACAUAAAUGGGCGCCCGAUGAUAAUCGCCAGAAACCGCCAUUAAGCAACGAGCUGUAGGAGUGAUGUUUAGGCCUCUGCACUUUUCUGCCGGAUAGAAAACGUGCACAGGGGGGGACCGUCCGUUAAUCGCUGAAUUAAGGCAAAGUGCAUCCAUCUUUAUACAUACCGACCGAUCGGGAAAGAUGGGAUGUGAUCGCAAAUGAUAGAACAGUGGAGCAGCAUAAUGGAGUAUCGAUUAACUACAGGCCUCCUAGGAGGCGAAUUAAAUAGAUUAGGAAGCGGAAAGGAAUUCAACUGCUGGAUCAGAAUGAAAUUAACGAGACAAGCAAAACAACACGUGGCAAUACAAUCGGCCAACAAGAACAAAACUCACCGUACGAUGCGGAGCUAAGGGGAAUUCCCCCCGGUGUAUUAUUGGCAUACAAUAUCUGUGCUGGAUCGGCAAGCGAUGCUGCAUUAGUCGUGUGGCUUUUGCAAGCAUGUGUAAAGAACGGAUCGCAAACAUGGAGGAGAGCGCGAAACCUCCUCUGAAAGGGGGACACUACGAUUGGAGAAAGAAUAACAAUAUACAUUACUAUAUAUUUAUAUACAUUUUUCAGGAAAGUAAUGCAAAAUAUUUAACGAAUAAAGGCAAAAGGAAUAAUUCACUAGAUGUUCAGUU